GGCGAUCAACGCGACGAAUAGUAGAGAACACGAAAAAAAAAAACCGUUUUAAACGCGAAAGUUCACCGCCAUCGUCAUUUGGUGGAGCAGUUUUUCCCCUUUGGGACCGAAAUGAAUAGGAGAAAUAUCGGCUGCCCGUCGUCGCCUUUAUGCAGCACACAGCAUUGGAGGAGUUCAUCGAGGCUGAUUGCACGAUAGAGAGGCGGUCAGAUUUGGGCCUGUGUGGGGAGAAAAGUGGAGAUAUUGGAAAAAUAAAGGAAACGAAUAACUCAUCAUCCACGCCAUCGGCAGGAUCCGGUCGUCAUCAGCAUUAACUUCUUCGACGGCUUCGGCUCAUCGAACGGCUUUUUGGUGUAGGUGGUGUGGUUCCUGUAGGUGUUCUUCUGGGUGUUUUUUCAACAAUUUCGCGAAGUGAGUGAGGCGCAACAACGUGAGUGAAAACCGUGGCAAAUAGAAAGCUCCCCGACUGGAAUUGCUCGAGGCAUAUUAAUAUCAAGUGCGAAUGUGAAUGCCUGCAUCCAGCGUGCGUAUGGGGAAGCAAUAGUUUUGAAGAGAAAGAAAGAGAAAGAGGAAGCGAGUGAGAGGAAGAAAAGUGUUUCGGGGAAAAAGGACGCGUGUCCUCCACCGACGGCGGGUGUUCAUUUUGGCAGGGCUUUAGGUGCGUUACAUGUGGGAAAUGUUGGAUCCCGAUCUAGAGUGUGGCAACGAAUGCGGCGGGCCGGGGCCCCCUCCCGAGUUCCUCGUGCCACCCCCGCCGCGGCCCCCGUUUCUCGCGGAGCUGGUCAACUGCAACGAGGAGCAACAGCAGCCACCGUUCGGUGCCGCCAGUCCCUUCGGUGAUGUCGACAUGUGCGAGGCGUUUCCGAUCAUUGACGCCAGCUACCACAGUGGCCCUUCAUUCCAAACCUCCGCCAUGAUAGCACUCUGUUCGGUGCUGCUGUUAUUAGUCAUUUUUAUUUCAUCGUUACUAGUGUGGAAACACAAGCGAAAAGUUCAAAACUUCCUGCCAUGCAAGACGCCCACCCGGGGCCCGCCGCAUCUGGACGCGACAGGUGUGUCGGCGGCCCACUCCGUGACGUACGAGGACCCGGACGUCCAUCUGGGCCACCAUCCGCUGGUCAUGCGGCACCACCAUCAUCACCAUCAUCAUCACAACAUGGAGCUGCACGCGAAGCAGAUCCAUUAUCCUAGCGGCUACCCCAUGCCACGGUCGCCGCCCCUGUUCAUCUGUUCCUCGCCGGGCCCGGAUCCGUACCGUUCGCACGACAACGUGUACGAGGAGCUGGAGCACGGCCACGUCGGCCGGGACACGGACUCGGAGCCGCCGAUUCAGUCCGACGACGAUUUCGCGGAGGACGAGCUGAGCCUACCGGGCGAUCGGUCCUUCCACAAGUCGCCCUCGGACGGCACGACGGUGGCCACGAUCUACCACGAUCGCAGCAACGGUGGCAGCAGCAACAGUGCGGCCACGACGGCCUCCACCUCGACCGUACCGGCAGCGGACGGUCAGGGAGCAGGAGGAGCAGCAGGAGGUGUGGCGGUAGGUGGAAGUACCCUCCCCGGGAGCUAUCUCGAUCGCAAUCGAACCGAACGGAACUCGCUCCUUUCGUCCUCAUCGUCGUCCGGCAACGACAACAACCACCCGCUGCAUCCCCGACACGGACCCGGUGGCGGAGGAAGUGGCAAUGGUGGUGGAGGUGGAGGUGGCACCAGUGGAGGGCCGCCCCAGCCGGGCGCCAACGGCGGGAGUGGUGGGGCAGGCAAUGGUAGCAACAAUAACGGCAGCAAUAGUAGUAGCGCGAGCAACAGUAAUCGCAACUCCAACUCCAGCACCGAUUGCGUCAGCAGUCACAGCGGGAAUAACAAUACCAAUGGCAACGGCGGUCACAGUAGCGCCAACGCCGGAGCAACCGGAACCGGCGGUUCGCUCAGUUCCGGCCUGGGACUGUUUCGGGCAAGGAAACAUCCGCACCCGGCAGCCGCCACGUUGGGUGGAUCCGGUCGAAGGGGGGGUGGUCGGGGACGAGACGCACUGGUGGUGGACGGCGGUGGUGGCCUAGGGCCGGACGUCGGGUGUGAUCCGGUCGUGCUGCCACCGAUGUACGACGAGCGUGCCUUGAUGACGUUACCCCCGCCGGCGUAUAACCACGCCACCCACCACCAUCACCAUCCGCACCCGCAUCAUCACCCGCACCAUCAGCAUUUGAACGGCGUGAACAACAACAACCAUGGUCCGCUCCGGGCCAACUACUACAGUACAAUCGACGACGAGCUGCUCGAUCCGGUCGAGCGACGGAAUCGCAUCAACGCACAGUUGUCCGCCUCCUCCGGUUUGAUCCACCACGGUGGGCCAGCGGGUGGUGGUGGUGGUGUGUCGACCAUCUUCCGCAACGGAGGACACCAUCGAGCGGCGUGCUUGCCGCACAGCAACAUCAACAACAAUAACAACAACAAUCAUAGUCAUCAACCGCCAUCCAUGGUCGGCGUCCGAUCCCGAACGAAUCCGCGGUCCUCCGACCGAAGGGGACGGAACGCGUCGCACCAAGCGAACAACGGUAAUGGCAACGGUGUUGGCGGUGGUGGUGGUGGUGGCCACCUUGCGGUGAUAUCGACACCGGAUCCGUCGCAGUACAUCUACCACGAGCCCGUCUUCCACGAGGGACUCAUCUACGAUGGGUGCCUCUCGCACACCUACUCGGACCGUAGCGGCGGCAGUGGAAGCACGGGGACGGGUAGCACCGGUGGAGUGGCCGCGUACCCGUACAUCCUGCCACAGUUCACCACGUUCCGCAAUGGCACCGGCCCGGGCGGACCGCCCGCGGUCGGCGCUCAAUCUCUGUACUCGCGCGAUUCCAGCUUCGGGUCGGACUCGGGCUACAGUCAGCAUACGCAAACCUCCAACCGGAGUGCGGCCGGCUGGAGCCAACGUCGACCGGCCAACAGCGGAGGGCCCGCCACGCCAUCCGCGGCCACGGCGGGAACCACACUCCACCAGACGGACCGGAUACCGCCAUCACCGCCACCGACACACCCGAAGACGGUCACGGAUCAACAGCAACAGCAGCAGCCGCCGCCACCUCCGCCACCCCAGCAACACACCACCACCCUGGCAACGGUGGACUCUUGA